UAUUGGCGCUAGUUGUGCUAGCUAUGACCAGCUAUCUAGCUAUGUCCAAGUUACCCUAGCGAAUAUAUCUUUCCAAUACGAGCUACUGGUGUACAAUCAGAAAAAAAACGGGUUACAGGAAAUUAAAGAUAACCGUUAAUGACAAAAGUAAGACUUCAAUCACUUCAGAAGGACCAAAAUGGCAAGUGACGUGUGCAGCCACGUAAAGGUGGUUGUUCGAGUGAGGCCAAUUAACGAGAGGGAGAAGCGUGAAAACUAUCGAAAUGUGGUCCAGGUUGUUGACAACCACAUGCUAAUAUUUGACCCCAAGGAAGAGGAUACAUCAUGUUUUGGGUCACAAAGGGGACGAAACAGAAAUGUCAGCAAGAAGGCCAACAAAGACCUUAAGUUUGUUUUUGACCAAGUCUUCGGUGAGAACUCUAACCAAGAUGACAUCUUUGAGAGCACCACUAAAGGAGUAUUGGACAGUGUGAUGAAUGGAUUUAACUGCACAGUGUUCGCCUACGGUGCUACUGGAGCAGGCAAGACGCAUACUAUGUUAGGCUCUCAAAAUGAGCCUGGGGUCAUGUACCGCACCAUGACAGAGCUGUUCAAACGCAUGGAUGAGGCCAAGGAGGAGAAAGAGUUUGCUGUUGCUUUCUCAUAUCUUGAGGUUUACAAUGAACAAAUCAGAGACUUGUUGGCUAAUGUCGGCCCUCUUGCCGUCAGAGAGGACGGCUCUAAAGGAGUGGUUGUUCAAGGCCUCUCGCUGCAUCAGCCCAAAUCUGCAGAGCACAUUCUUGAGGCUUUGGAUUCUGGCAAUCGUAACCGGACACAGCACCCCACUGACAUGAAUGCCACCUCUUCCCGGUCCCAUGCUGUAUUUCAGAUAUAUUUAAGACAGCAGGACAAAACCGCCAGCCUCAAUCCUAAUGUCUGCGUUGCCAAAAUGAGCCUGAUCGAUCUGGCCGGCUCAGAGAGAGCCAGCGCCACCAACACCAAAGGUGCACGUCUGCGGGAAGGUGCCAACAUCAAUCGCUCACUUCUUGCCCUGGGAAAUGUUAUCAAUGCACUUGCUGACCCAAAGAGUAAGAAAACUCAUAUACCGUACAGGGACAGCAAGCUGACACGGCUGCUUAAAGACUCCUUGGGGGGCAACUGCAGGACGGUUAUGAUUGCCAAUGUUAGCCCCUCUUCCCAGUCAUACGAUGACAUCCACAAUACACUGAAGUAUGCCAACAGGGCCAAGGAGAUUAAGUCCUCGCUGAAAAGUAACGUAGUAAGCCUGGACAGCCACAUUGGCCAGUAUGCAGUAAUAUGUGAGAAGCAACGGCAAGAGAUUCUACAAUUGAAGAAAAAACUGACAGAAUAUGAGAAGAACACAGUGCACGGGGCUUCUGACACGAUCUCAUCUCAGAAACAGGCAGAGUUCAAAAGGGUGUCGGAAGCUCUGCAGCGAAUCUUCUCGGACCGGACCCAAAUCAGGAAAGAGCAGCUGGAUCUGGAGAGACAACUGAAGGAGAAUGAGCUGCGCCAGCGGUACACUGAGGAGGACAACCUGCAGGUCCAAUGUUUCUGUGCCAAGGAAAAGACUGAGAAGGCUACUUGUAAGCACGAGCGGAAGAUUGCCAGCUUAUGCACUCGGCAGCAACACAUUCACAAACGUUUGAAAGAGACCGAAACACGUUUCCUGGACAACGACGGCUUGCUUCAUCGCGUCGAGAAUGAGAUUAAGCUGCUGAAGUCGAAUGAUCAGACCUCAGAGGUUUUAGAUAAGAGCCUACAUUGCCACAGACUGGAGCUGCAGGUUAAUGACCUCAAACAACAUAUUAAGCAGAUGGUCGGGCUAGCUGCACUGCAGGAUCAGGAGAACAAGCGUAUGCAGAAAAUGGUGAACAUCUUGUUGCCAGCUUAUAGUCGGCACUACUCUGCGUUGCGGGGUGCUGGGCAGGUCACCGCCGCAGACGAGAUGGAGAACCAUGAACUAGAGCACCUUGUGUUGAGGGAGAGAGGCGUGGUCUGGGCCGACCAGGAAGGGGUGGGGAUCGGAGAGGGGUCACAGGAGACGAAUGAGGUGGACCGCAGCGAGUUGGCACCUGUCCUGUUUUUCUCACAUCUGCUAUACCACCAGAGUAGCCCCUGCAGUGCAGAGGGCCGUACGAAAAGAACAUCACUGUGCAAUGCUGCUCCAUCACCCAAAGGUGAAGGAAAACAGACGGAUAUGAAACUGGAACCCCGUCCCAGAAUGCCAAUUCGGAGAAAUUUGUCUGCGUCACUGCCACAGCAAAGCCCCCGGACCGUUGCCAAGGCCCAAGUGUUUGAGGAGGGCAUGUUCCCACUCCAGUGCACACCAGAGCCUUCACUAAAGACUGUUUGGGCCAUGCCACAGAGCUCCUCCAGCGCCAUGGAUCCCAACAUGACAUUUGAAGUUCUGGACAAUGAUGAACAAACUGCAAGUAAUGCCACGAUUACAAUUAGCAGUGGCAGCCCCUGUCCAGCAUCAACGUCAACAGACUUCUCUUGCCCCAGCCAACUGCUCCAUCCUCCCGAGGCCGAUGACGGAAACCGGAUUCCUACUAAAAGACAACCGAUCUCAUCUUUACAAGACUUGAGACGAGCCCACCGGACCUACAUGGCCAUGACGUCUGCUGCGCAAGGGAAGCGUAAAGUUACCUGCAUCCAAGAAGAGUUAACACAGGGUGUCUCUGCACCAAAGCGCAUAAAGAAGGACCCCUCGGUGGCCCCCAGGCCGCUCAGAGUGUGUCGUUUUGCUGGUUCAGAGGAGAACAAGCCUCGGAGAGUUGUGAGGAGCGUUUCUGAAGGGAAUCUUCUUGACCCUCAGAAAUCAAAGUCCUUUUUUUAUAAAACGUCCCAACAGUUAAAACGAGUGGCCAAAAGAAUGUAAAGCAACAUGGUGUUUGAAUCGCACCGGUUUGCUUUUAUGAGCACCCUUCUCCAACCGCAUUCAUCUUUCCAAAACAUCUUCUCCAAACCUAAAACAAAGUGUUUCCAUUGUGUAGGUUUCUCCAACCGAAAUGAAAAUGUAACGAGACGAAAUGUAAUAUAAGUUGCACUAUUUAGUUUUUGUCUUCGAUCUGGCCUCGCACUGCAGUGACAUUUUACUUGACUUAUACAUAAACAUUGUUUAGGACAUCUGUAUAGAUUAUAGUUGAAGGAUCCUUUUUUUUUUAAUCAUUUCUAAACCUCCCUUUAGAUUUGAACAUAUUGAAACACUCGUGUUCACACUAACAGCAAGAAUAAAAACAUGUACUGUGGCUGUUUUGUGGUUUACACAUGUUAUGUAUUUUCCACUAUUCUCUCAAAAGUGAUGGGUUAUACAUUACCUCAAAUGGAUGUAUGGCUGCAAACUGAAACUGAAACUGCUCUACACUGAGCUGUUUGUCUUUUGUAUCCCUUUUUUUAAUCCUGUACAGUUAGUAACAUAGGGU